AUGUCUUCUCAACUAAAAAACGUCACAGAAUUCGCAUACGUUACCGUCAAUGAAGGCGUAAACUUCUUUGAUGACUCCGCUGCUGGAAAGACUUAUCAAAAUGUUAUCGAGACAGCGCUGAGGCAACCUGGUGCGCGACGGGUGUAUCAUGGUAUUGAGGUGGAGGAUCCUUCGAGAUUGUGGUUGUUUUUGGAUUGGGAUACUUUGGAUGAUCAUUUGAAUUACCCCAAGAGCGCUGACCAUGGUCCUAUUAUCGAAUCUCUCAAACCGCUUGUUAGUUUCGAGAAAGCUAUCAACAAACACGUAACUCUCAACCCAUUCCCACCAGAGGACGUCCUCGACAGCACCCGCUCCCCAGUAACAGAAGUCCUCGUCGCCUUCUUUCCCUCCGACUACUCCGUAACAUCCCGGGCCGCCGCAACCCGUCGUCUCGAACAAUUCGCCGCGCAAGCCCUCAAAGCAUCCCCCGACUGGCGCGGCAUCAGCUACGGCUGGAGUGUAGAAAACGACGUACCAGUCCGCGGAGACGAGAGCAAAACCGGCUGCAUGCUUGCUGCGUUCAUUGGUUGGCCUAGUUUGGAAGCACAUCAGAAGUUUCGUGAAACGGAUGAUUUUAAAGAGAAUAUUGGGUUGUUGAGAGAGAUGGAAGGGUUGAUUAAGUUGGGUGCUUUCCAUGUUAGUUGCCAGAGUAAGGAGGCUGCGGGAUUGGAGGAGAGGGAUGCUAAGAAGGCUCAUGAGAAUGGACAUGGACAUGGUCAUGACCAUGGUUGUGGCUCCGGUGGAUGCUGUUAA